AUGGGUGAUUUCAAGUUCCGUAGAUAUUGGUCGCUUUUCACCGUGGUGCUAGUGGUGCUUGCUGUUGGAUCCAUAUAUAAUUUUUUAACCAUAAGCCCGUCGACUUCAAGUGCUCACCUUUCGUCCAAGGGUACUACCGAGUCGCCUCAUCCAAAUGCAGAUCCAGCAGCAGCAGACGGCUCUCCAUAUACUACAACUUCAUAUUUCGACGAAGCAUUCAAUUUCAAGAAAAUCGAGUAUGAGGUGAAAAAGAAGAGUCCAUCAUCAUCAUCCCACGAAAAGCCCACCAUUUUGAUCUUGUCGACCAUCGGCAAGUCGGAGCCCUACGGUCCAGAUAGAAGCGUAGACGAUUUUUUCAAAACCAUCUUCACCUUACUCGACGGUAAUCUAUCCAAAUUCGACUUUUCCAUUGGAAUCUUGAGCAACUUCCGCAACGAACACGACAAGGUGCAAAAGUACCUCAACAAGAACAAUGCCAAACUAUCCAAGUAUUUCUCCAAGAUGACCUUGGCGCAUGCGCCCCCCUUGGAAGAGAUUGCCGGGGUAUCACGCGAGAUGCGCCACGAAGACGCCUUUCAACGAGUUCGUCGAAGAUUGAUUGCCCAAUGCAGAAACUUUCUCGUGCUGCAAGCGUUGCAAAACCAACAGUACAUCUUGUUCCUCGAUACCGAUAUCGUAUCCUUUGACCAAGCACCGCAACUACUCGACAUCUUCUACAAUUCGAAAAAGGACAUCAUCGUGCCCCGCGUCGUUAUCCGCGGCCACGAUCCCAACCCCGAUUACGACUUAAACUCGUGGCGUGGCCAACGAACAAAACCGACACCGGAGCAAUUGUCCCUUUUGGACUCGGACCAAUGGGACAAAUUCGACUAUGUGCCCAUGGAUGUGCCCGAUCAAAUGUUCCAUUUCAAAAGCUUGUCUGGAAACGAAGACCCUGAAAAGCUAAAGUUGAACCAUCUCGAGCCCUUGGACUCCGUGGGAGGUGCCGUCUUGUUCAUGAAGUCAAUCAUCUUCAGACAAGGCGCCAUUUUCCCCACUAGUUAUAUCAUCGGCACCACGUGGGAUAGAUCCGAGGGCUACGAUGGAAUUGAAACUGAAGGGAUCUGCUACUUGGCUAAGCCCUUGGGGUACCUGUGCUGGGGCAUGCCCAAUAUCGUGGCUGAGCAUGUGGGACAGAGACCUCCGCCAGCUGGCGCUGAAGCUGGUCCUGUCUAG